AUGCCUCAGAAGCGGGGUGUGUCGACGCCCAAGACUCAAAGCAGCCAAGGGCACCAAGCCAAGGGAGAGACUUGGGACGAAAGGCCAUUCUUUUCCACUCCAUUGACCCUGACUAUCGGUGUCCUGGCAAUAGGAGCCAUAAUACCUUUUGUUUAUGGACUUCUUGGUGAGACAACGCCAAAGACAGCUGUGAUCGACCUGGAAAAGUUACCAGAAACGGCCCAGGUAAUUGACCAAAAAAGCUUCAAUGUCCUGGAGCGUGUUCCGCCACCCAGUGAAGUCAAUGCUACAGCGAGGUUUCUGUGGCCGGGAGUCACACGAGAAUCUCUUUUGGAACGACCAUUCCACGUCUACGACGCCGAAUUCCUACAAGUCAUCGGGAACAAUCCAACAUUAACGCUGCUCGCCACCUCUGACAAGGACCCUAUCUUCCAUGAGGCUGUAGUAUGGAAUCCACCCACUGAAGAAGUGUUUUUCGUGCAAUCAGCAGGGUCUCCAGACGCAGGGACGGGUCUCGAGAAGUCAUCCAUUAUCCAGAAAAUUUCCCUAGCCGAUGCUGAAGCGUUGCGAAAUGGCUCUCACACACAAGGUCGCGUCGAGAUAACAGUGGUAGACUCUAAACCACAGAUCAUAAAUCCUAAUGGCGGAACAAACUACAAAGGUCAGAUCAUCUUUGCAGGCGAAGGCCAAGGAGAAAACGUUCCUUCCGCUCUUUACCUGAUGAACCCAGAGAAGCCAUAUAAUACUACAACACUUGUCAACAAUUACUUCGGAAGGCAAUUUAACUCAAUUAACGACGUUUCCGUCAACCCAAGAAACGGACACAUCUACUUCACCGAUACAAUGUAUGGCUAUUGGCAGCAUUUCCGUCCUGAGCCGGGAUUGAGAAACCAAGUUUAUCGUCUCGAUCCAGAUACAGGAGCUUUAACUGUUGUUGCCGAUCGGUUCGCUGCUCCAAACGGCAUAACGUUUUCUCCGGAUGGGAGGCACGCAUAUAUCACCGAUACAGGCCUCAGCAACGGACUCUUCGGGGUGAAUCCUACCAAUCCCGCAUCAAUCUACCGCUUUGAUGUCCAGAAGGAUGGAUCUUGGGAUAAUCGCAAGACGUUCGCAUACGUGGGUUCGCGUUUACCUGAUGGCAUCCAUUGUGACUCAAAGGGUAAUGUCUAUGCAGGAUGCGGCGAUGGUGUCCACGUCUGGAAUCCUUCAGGCAAGCUCAUCGGCAAAAUAUACACGAGCAUGAAUGCAGCCAACUUUCAAUUGGUAGGAAAAGGUCGGAUGAUCAUAAUGGGAAGAACAAAGCUGUUCUUUGCUACAAUCGCUGCGUCUGAGGCCCCGUUGAGCUGA